GUGAUCGCGUCGAGGACCUGCGGCGACAGAUCCAGCUCGAGGAGCCGGAGGUCUCUGGCGAGAGCGGCGACGAGCAGGAGACUCGCCCUCGACCAGAUGUCGCGGGCGCGCCUGCGCGCGCAGACCCCAGCGAGGACUUGGAGCGCCUGAUCUCUGAGCUCCAUGUCAACAUGGGCCACCCAG